GUGAAUAUAAGGUUGCACUGCAGACGGCAGCAAAUGUCCAUGAGUCCUGCACCAUCGCUGAGCACAAAUACAUGAUGAGGUUAACUGAAGUUCCUAAAUUGCCCAAAGGUGUGUCCUCUGUUGGGUUGGAGCCCCAUCCUGGGUUGAUCCCUGCCUUGUGCCGAUAGGCUCUGAAACCCACCACCCCCUCCACGACCCUGACCAGGAUAAAUGGUAACAGAAAAUGGAUGGCAUGGCACAGAGAAACCUGACCUCCGUUGUAACAGAGUUUUUCAUCAUUGGUUUUCCUGGGCUUGAUUCAAAAUAUUACAGUUUAAUGGCCACUGGCUUUUUCAUCAUCUAUGUAACGGCAGUAGCAGAAAAUUGCCUCCUUGUGGUGCUCUUUGUGCUACAGCCCAGCCUCCAGAAGCCCAUGUACAUCAUCAUGGUGAGCCUCGCCCUCUCCGACAUUGGCUUCUGCACUGUGGCACUGCCAAAGGUCAUAGCCAGGUACUGGUUUGACGAUGGAACCAUCUCGUUCCACGUCUGCCUGUUUCAGAGGCAGAUGGUCCAUUACUUUGGGGCUCUCACCUCUCUCAUCAUGCUGAUUAUGGCACUGGACCGCUACGUGGCUAUCUGUUUCCCACUCUGGUACCCUACGCUAAUGACGAAAAGGAUGGUGGGCUUCCUCAAUGGGUUUGCCUGGGUGAUGGCCUUGAUCUGCCCAGGUGUCACCACCAUCCAGUCCUCCCAGAUGUACUUCUGUGGAUCGAACCAGAUCCUACACUGCUUCUGCGACAUGGUGACGCUAAACAGUCUUGCAUGUGGUGACAUCAGCAUGCAAUCCACAGUCGCAUUAGCACUGUCAUCAAUUGUGUUAAUGGUGCCCUUCUCUCUCAUCAUGUUGUCCUACGCCCACAUCAUCAUCGCCGUCCUCCGCAUCGCCAGCAUGCAGGGUCGGCUGAAGGCCAUUUCCAUCUGUAUCACCCAGUUCUGCAUUAUCAGCAUAUAUUACAUCCCUCGCUUAUUCGUCUACAUGUCAACAAUAAACACAGAUGCUCGUAUAGGGCUGGUACUAAUUUACAGCCUUCUGCCCCCCUUGGUUAACCCCCUAAUUUACUGCUUCAGAACAACAGAGAUUAAACAUAUUUUGUUAAGACUGUUUCGACGAGGGCAUUCAGUCAGUCAAGAGACAAAGGUUUCAGCUGUUUCCAGGUGAGACAAGUUAGAAAGGUGAUCUGCAUUUACUGAAUUAUAAAACCGUGAAAAGUAGUGCAUCAGUUUCUGAACACAAUUAUAUAAAUGUUCUAAUAUUUGGUGAACUGUAUACCCAUGUUUUUCGAAUUUAAAUAUUGUGAAUUUUUUAGGUCAUGAGAAAAAAAAUCUAUCUAUCUCCUGUACCUAUGUGACAAUGACACAGAUAUAGUUGUCUGUUAAUUUUGCUGACAGUUUAAAUGUGUGUUUGUUUCCCUUGGAGCUACCCAUUAAACUUCCAAAUAUAGUGUAGCUAAAAAUAAAAUCUGUUGUACUGACAA